AUUUUCUAUGAGUCAAAGGGGUAUUUGGUUAAUCUCCUGAUUAUUCUCUGUGAAGAAAAGGAGAAGACGAAGAAGAAGAGGAGACGACGACAAUGACGAUGAAAGUGAGCUUGGAAGGGAAGAGAGUUGUGUUGGUUCCGUACAUGUCGGAACAUGUCCCAAAGUACCACGGUUGGAUGCAGGACCCUGCUCUUCUAGAAGCUACUGGAUCUGAGCCGUUGAGUCUGGAGAAGGAGUAUGAGAUGCAAAUCUCUUGGACUCAAGAUCCCAAUAAGCGGACUUUCAUUGUGUUGGACAAAGAUUUCAUAGAGGGAGACUUGGCUCAUGGUGAACCGCAUGUAGAAGCCAUGACGGGUGAUGUGAACAUUUACAUGAACGAUGUGGAUGAUCCUAAGGUUGCAGAGGUGGAAAUAAUGAUAGCUGAGCCCAGAAGCCGUGGUAAAGGAAUAGGAAAGGAAUCUGUGUUGAUGAUGAUGGCUUAUGCUGUCAACAACUUGGAGAUCCACAAGUUUACAGCCAAGAUUGGGGACUCAAACACAGCUUCCCUCAGCUUAUUCCGAAAACUGGGUUUCGAGGACUCUUCUCACAGUGAAAUCUUCAAAGAGGUUACACUCGAGUAUACGGUGACAAAUCUCCGUCGAGCAGAGCUCUUGAAGUUAUUAGAGGAUGUCAUAACGCACACUCUUCCAUUGGACAACCCAUCAGAUUCGCUGCUAACAGGAGAAGCUAUUGCCUAGAGCUUCUGUUCAAUGCUUAUUAUUGUUAGAGAGAAUGUAUGUCAUGUACUGCGGGUGAGCCUAUUCAAAUGAUGGUAGCACAAUAAUACACUCCUUCGUUUUCAUAGUUCGAUUUCAUAACAUAAACAAUGUUUUAGAACAUUUUGGUGUUUAUAAGAUGUUUUGACAUUUCUAUGUUAACUUGAACUUUAACGGAAAAAACAGAUCUUUA